AUGGAUACCCAACAUGCGCCCGAGUUCGCCUCGGAGCGCUAUUUUGAUAAGCUCAAGAGGCUCAGCGAGGUCAAGGAUGGCGCCCACGAAAAUGUGGCUCAUCACUCCCUCGAUGCCUCAGCCCAGUCGUCGUCCACAUUUAUCCUUCCCAUCCAGGCACGCUCUCGGUCUCCAGAGCAUGCCGGUCAUGAUUCUCACAAGGCCGAAAAACGCCGCAACAAUUUCAGCUUCCGCUCGAUAUUACCGUCACGUUCGUCUGUCGAGCAUGAUAUCCGACGGCUGUCGACCGAGUCCAUCCUCAAACCCCAGAGAACCUUCGACCAACUAUUUCUUGCGCUACCAAACGAGCUGCAGAUACAAGUCAUCGCCGCCCUUCCGUUAUCAGAUGUUUUGAGCCUGCGCACCGCUUCAAGGGCGUGGCAUACCAUGAUCACCACGAAUGAGCUGCCCAUCGCUCGCUAUCACCUCGAACAUCACGUACCAGCAUACGCCAAGCGCUUAUACCCCGUCACUCAGCCCAGUGAGAUCCGGCUGCACUACCUCUGCGGCAUAUGGCAUCGUUUACACGUGGCCGCAAAAUUGGCCUUCCUCAUAUCCGAGCGUGUGACGAAGGAGAUAUUCCUCAGGGAGACAGAGGCACAACGCCUUGAAUUUGCGCCACAGAACGAGCGCAUGCGGCGAAGGUUGAUCCCUCUUCUAUUCACAAUGUUCCACUUCUUCGAAACCUACCGCACCCUACACCUGGACUACAUCAAAGAGCACGGUCACGGACUUGCCCAUGAGCCGUAUACAAUGAACCCAAUUGAGGUUAGAAUCAUGAACAUGUACGACGACCAAACACUAUUACGUGUUCACCAGGUUUUUCCGCUUGUCGUAUCAUCCUUUUGCCGCCGGCUGCGCCCGCCUUCAUACGCUGGCCGGCUAGAGCGGUCUAUUCGUGGUUACCUGAAGGACCCUCCCUCAGAUAACGUGUACGUGGCAGCCAUGUGUGUUGGAGGCAUGCGACAAGUCGAAAAGUUCUGGGAAAUCAAGGGCUACAAUUCGCGGCGUGGGGCGAUAGACAACUGGUUCACCUCCAUUAUGCGCGAGCCAGCCGAGCCAGCCACUAAGCCACGGCGAUUCAUGUCUCUUGGUCGCAAAUUCUCCAACAUGCAUAUCGGAGACAUUCGAGAAGGAUCAGAGAUACCGACCUCUGGCAGGUUCCGCCGAGGAUCGGAUGCGGCUCGCCGCAACAGUGAUGCAUCGGCUUCUAGUGUGUGGGACAGCACCAUAUUCGAUUCCAGCUUACUAGCCGGAAUGCCCAUGGGUCCAUUGUCGCGCGAUCAGCUGCGACUACUUCUUCCCGAGCUUCCACUUUUGCAACAAAUCUGGCUUCCAACUGCGGAAGCCUUGAUUGCGCAACGACAGAUUGUCUCGCGACCAGAAGAUAUCAAGCGCAACGCGCAAGUUCUUCUUGAGCUCAUUCGCGAAGACGGCGCCGCCGAGGAGGACGCUUGGUGGUACGGGCAAGCAGCACCGGACUCUGUGCGACCCCCACUGGAGGCCAUCGAGGAGGAUCCAAUUGAGUAA